AUGGCGCAAAAAGAACUUAAAUGGUACGACAUCUUGUCGAUUCUUUUUGGAAUCAUUUUAGGCUUUGCUGACCCCAUCACUGAUAUUCUAACACUGGUAGAAUUCUACCGCGCAAAUCACAAGACGUGGUUCGGUGUAGGGCUCUGUUUCAUUACUUUGCCAUCAUUAUUUUUUUCAUUCAUUAAUUUCGUCUUCAAGAAGGAGGAAUUCAAGAGCUGGUGUGACUGUUGGACUACAUGCAUAUUCAGUUGCAAUCCAUUUUUUCCCGCUUUUGUGAAACUGAGAACGCUUUUUGUUUACCUGAAGAACCUAUGGCGAGGCAAUAAAAUCGAACCGACUGACAUGAAAGAAAAUCCACUGACUGUGGAUGAACUACUGGACUUAAGCGCGUUUGCUGUUCUGGCCGAGGCCGCUCUUGAAUCAGCUCCUCAGUUUAUUAUUCAGUUGUACGCCAUGGCUGUUCAACAGGAAUCGGUAGCGAUCGUUCAAAUGGUUUCCCUGCCUGUGUCUUUUUUCAGUCUGGCUUGGGCGUCUAUUGUUGCUGAUGAGUUAAGUCACAUUAACGGAAGGUGCAUCUGUGUAAAAGAUAAAGUUCUACUUUUUGUAACGCACUUAUUUGUUUUAAGCAGUCGACUCUUUGCAGUUGCUUUGUUCACUGUAAGCUACAAGUGGUGGGUUACCGGUGUUUUGAUCUUUCAUUGUACGGUGCGAAUGAUAUGUGAUUUCAUUUGGAUUUGCGGAAAAGAAGAAUUUACGGUCGUGUUAAUUCUCGCUUGUUUUAAUUUCUGCUUCCAUUGGUUACGAGAUGAUUGGUCACUUUUAUAUUUUCAAUACGAAGAGAUCAGAGAGAAACAGCUAAGAAUACUGCUGCUCUCUAACGUGCUAUUUGUGAUAGAAAACAUCACCAUGAUCCUGUUGUUUUAUUUCAGUCAUUUCCCUCACACCUGGUUUUCCUUACCUGUCACCAUCUGCGUCUGUGUGUUCGCUGUUGUUGGAGCGGCAAUGAGGCUCUCUCAUUCCUAUUUCUUAAAGAAAGAAUCGGACAACGAUGUUAAAACGGGAAAGCAAUGA